CAGUUACAGGUCGCCUGGCUGGAGCGCAGUUGGGAGGACGUCGCGCGGGCGGACAGAGGGUCGCUCUCUGCAGAAGAGGAAGAAGAGGAAGAAGAGGAAGGCUUCUCUGUGGAUGUACCGACACGAAGGGAAUACAAAGAGCGGAUUUACUGAAAGGCUACAUCAUCCAUCAUGGAUGCGGUGAGGACUCGUGUCGUCUUUGGGGGUUUCCUGGUGGUGCUGGUUUCAGUUACUUCCGGUCUGUCGCCACCGAUCAUCGUUUCCAACGAAGAAGAGUUCGUCCUGCGGCCGAACGCCGCCUUCAACAUCAGCUGCACCGGCAAGAAGAGCGUGAUUUGGGUGCCGCCGCUCCCGGAGAACAGCUUCGUGGAGUCGGGCUACAACACGGCGACGCUCUUCAUUUACAACGCCAGCGUUGAAAACACCGACUACUACAUGUGCACCUACGGGUCCCUGGAGGGCGAACCGGAAGAAGAGAAUGAGGCGGGAAUAUACGUCUUCGUAGCAGAUCCCCAGUUUCCCUUCGUCCCCGAGGCCCCCGACAACCUGCUGGUCCCCAUGAACACGAUGGGGGUCCCCAUCUCCUGCCGCGUGUCGGACCCUUACUCCCACGUCACCCUGACGAGCGUCCCCAGCAGGGAGGAGAUCCACACCUUCUACGACAACAAGAUGGGCUUCUUCGGCAGCCUGUCGCCCGGGCGGUACCGGUGUGAAACCACGGUGAACGGCGCCGCGAUCACCAGCGACGUCUACACCGUGUACACCGACGCCGCCUCCGAGGAGGAGGAGGAGGAAGAUUUUGAUGUGGAGGUGAAAGCCAGCGAGGAGAUGGUGGGAGCCGGGGAGCCCUUCAACGUCACAUGCGUCGCUCCCCCCGGACCCAACUUCCAGCAGCAGUGGCUGCACCUGAAGAAACAGGCCGUGGACGCAGUUCAGAUGAAGCAGACUCUCCCGGACCGGGUCGUCUACACCCUCAGUGUCCCGCGGGCCUCUUCUCGGGACAGCGGCGUCUACGAGUGCUCCGUCACCAGGGAGCUCAGCGGCGAGACCAAAGUCGGCAGCGUGGCAGUGGCCGUCUCCGAGGAGAAUUCCUUUGUGUCGCUGGACCACAGCGGGAUCGGGGCCACGGAGUUCGUGAGCCUUCUGGAGGAGACGGAGUUCACCAUCCACAUCAACGCCUUCCCGGCCCCCAAAGUCGCCUGGCUGAAAGACGGCGAAGACCUGUCACAGAACUACUUUGUCCACACCAAAACCAGCCACCUCGAAGGGAACCGGUAUCUGAGCGUUCUGAAACUACGGCAGCCUCUGGGGAAAGACGACGGCAAUUACACCAUCCGAGUCCUCAGUGACUCUCGCUCCGCCCAGUUCUCCUUCACGCUCCGAGUGAAAGCCCCCACCGCCAUGAUGUUCCCCCGGUCCUCCGCCCCCGUGCUGCUCCCGCGGAGCGAGGAGCUGGUGGUGCCCCUCCACGCCCCUUUCACGCUGACCUGUCAGGGGGACGCCAAACUCGCCUGGGUGACGCCGCCUGACGUGCGCCAGCAAAUGCGGGAGGACAACAGCGGCCUGUUCGUCACCACGGUUACCGUGGACUCCGCCACGGCGAUGCACACGGGCUACUACACCUGCUCUUACAGCAACGCCACGGAGGAGGAGGAGGCGGAGGACAGCAGCAUCUAUGUCUACGUGCCAGACCCGGAUGUCCCCUUCGUGCCCUCGCUGGUGCCCUUCGGCAACCACAUCCUGUAUGAGCACGAGGACAUGGAGAUCCAGUGCCGGGUGUCCGACCCCAGCGCCAACGUCACCCUGGUCAACAUGGAGACCCAGCAGCCCGUCGCCAGCGUGUACGACAGCAAGCGGGGCGCCGUGGGGGUGUUCACCGCCGGCACCUACGUCUGCAAGGCGCUCGUCAACGGAGAGGAGCACCACAGCGGGGAGUACAUCGUCCACGGCUGGCCAGGCGGCGCCCCGCUGCACGUGGAGCUGAGCGCAGAGCGGACCGCUCUGCUGGUGGGAGACGCCGUCACCGUCACCUGUGUGGCUCGGGGGUCCGAGAUUCUGGAGGACCACUGGAAAUACCCUGGAAAACUGGCGAAUCGCGGGAUCAAAGCGGUGGAAGACAUCCAGAAGCUUCAGGAGAUCCGCUACACCCUGACCAUCCCGCAGGCCUCCGUCAAGGACAGCGGCAUCUACUCGUGCUCCAUCACCGACAUCGUCAGCGGCGAGAGCCAGACCAAGGAGGUGGCCGUUCGAGUGUUCGCGAGCGAGUUCCUGUCCGUCUGGCCGCAGUUCGGAGAAGACGAGUCGGCGGAGCUGGACGAGGUCCGGGAGUUCAGGGCCGAGAUCAGCGCCUUCCCCGCCGCUCGCGUCACCUGGCUCAAGGACGGCGUCGCGCUCAGCGACGUGACGGCGGAGAUCGGCCUCCGUCAGCUCAGCGAAACCAGCUACAUGAGCGUUCUCACCCUGAUCCGGGCCAAGGAGGAGGACAGCGGGAACUACACCAUGCGGGUGGAGAACGGAGACCAGAGACGCGACGUCGGCCUGAUGCUGCAGGUCAAAGUGCCCGCAGUCAUCGUGGACCUGAUGGACAUCCACCACGGCGCCGCCACCGGCCAGUCGGUGGUGUGCAUCACCCGAGGGGAGCCCCUCCCGCUGGUGGAGUGGUUCGUCUGCAAGAACAUCAAACAUUGUGCCAACGACUCGUUGGCUUGGGAGCCGCUUCCCGCCAACUCCACGGGGGUCACGGCGGAGUCGCACGUCAACGAGGACGGCAACCUGGAGAGCCAGGUCAUGUUCGGCCACCUGGAGAGCACGCUGGCCGUGCGCUGCCUGUCCCGCAACGGCAUGGCCGCCGUCAGCAGGGAGGUCAAGCUGGUGUCCAGUGGGCCUCACCCGGAGCUGACUGUCGCCGCCGCCGUGCUGGUGCUGCUGGUCAUUGUCAUCAUCUCACUCAUUGUGUUGGUUGUUAUCUGGAAGCAGAAGCCGCGCUAUGAGAUCCGCUGGAGGGUCAUUGAGUCGGUGAGUCCCGACGGACACGAGUACAUCUACGUGGAUCCCAUGCAGCUUCCCUACGACUCCCGGUGGGAGUUCCCCCGAGACCGGCUGGUGCUCGGUCGCAUCCUGGGCUCCGGAGCCUUCGGGAAGGUGGUGGAGGGCACCGCCUACGGGCUCGGCCGCUCGCAGCCCGUCAUGAAGGUGGCCGUGAAGAUGCUGAAACCCACAGCGCGCUCGAGUGAGAAGCAGGCGCUGAUGUCAGAACUGAAGAUCAUGACCCAUCUCGGGCCGCACCUCAACAUCGUUAACCUCCUGGGAGCCUGCACCAAAUCAGGGCCCAUCUACAUCAUCACGGAGUACUGCUUCUACGGGGACCUGGUCAACUACCUGCACAAGAACAGGGAGAACUUCCUCAGCCUGAACCCGGAGAAGACCAAGAAAGAGGUGGACAUCUUUGGGAUCAACCCUGCAGAUGAGAGCAGCAGGAGCUACGUCAUCCUGUCUUUGGAGAGCAAAGCCGACUACAUGGACAUGAAGCAAGGCGACGGCACGCAAUACGUCCCCCUGCUGGAGAUGAGGGACGCCUCCAAGUAUUCCGACAUCCAGAGGUCCGAGUACGACCCCCCCCCCUCCCAAAAAGAGGACGAGCUGCUGUCAGACGACGUGAACGAGGGCCUCAGCACCACCGACCUGCUCAGCUUCACCUACCAGGUGGCCAAAGGCAUGGAGUUCCUGGCCUCCAAGAAUUGCGUCCAUCGGGACCUGGCCGCCAGGAAUGUCCUCCUCUCUCAGGGCAAGAUGGUGAAGAUCUGUGACUUCGGACUGGCCCGGGACAUCAUGCACGACAGCAACUACGUCUCCAAAGGGAGCACGUUCCUGCCCGUGAAGUGGAUGGCCCCCGAGAGCAUCUUUGACAACAUGUACACCACCCUGAGUGACGUGUGGUCCUACGGCAUCCUGCUGUGGGAGAUCUUCUCGUUGGGUGGAACCCCGUACCCGGGGAUGGUCGUGGACUCCAGCUUCUACAACAAGAUCAAGAGUGGAUACAGGAUGUCCAAACCGGAGCUGGCCCCCGACGACGUGUACGAGAUGAUGAUGAAGUGCUGGAACAGCGAGCCGGAGAAGAGGCCUUCGUUCCUGGGUCUGAGUGACACCGUUUCUUCUCUGCUGCCCUGCAGCUACAAGAGGCACUACGAGCGGGUGAACCGCGAGUUCCUGAAGAGCGACCACCCCGCCGUCACCCGGGUGUGCGCGGAGAGCGACGACGUCUACGUCGGCAUCAGCAGCAAGAACAAGAAGCUGAAGGAUCGAGAGAGCGGCUUCGACGAGCAGCGGCUGAGCUCCGACAGCGGCUACAUCAUCCCGCUGCCCGACCUGGAGCCGCCCUCCGACGACGAGUACGGGAAGAGGAACCGGCACGGCUCUCAGACGUCGGAGGAGAGCGCCAUCGAGACGGGCUCCAGCAGCUCCACCUACGCCAAGCGCGAGGGGGAGACCCUGGAGGACAUCACGCUGCUGGACGAGAUGUGUCUGGACUGCAGCGACCUGGGGGAGGACAGCUUCCUGUGACCGACCCCCCCCCCCCGUGUAGAGCAGAAGCAGCGAGGACGCAGGACACCAGAGAUAAGAACUUGUUAAAUCAACCAAAGACUCGUCCUCGUCCUCGACUGCACAUCCAGAGGACAGAACAAAAGAAACACUUUGCCCUCUGGUGACAUCACGACCUCCACUCCCCCCUAGGACCCCCGUCCCCCCCCGUCCCCCCGUGGACACUUAAAGGAACUUAAGGAACCCCCGAGCCAGAGUGACGGACCUGAAACAGAUAAAACAACUUUAUUUUUUCAUUUGCAGAGCUUUAUUCUAUUGGGCAUUCAACCAGCAGCAAUAUAAGCACAAUGUCAUUCAUAUUGUAUAUAAAUACAAAUAUCUAUAUAUAUAUAUAUAUAUAACCACUAGAGAUGCACUAAACUAAAGGAGGCCGAUACCAGCAAUCCGCGUGCAGGUAAACUCACUUCUCUUCACCUGAAGCACAAUCACACAAUCUGGACUUUGUGUUGAGAUAAUGAACAUAUUCUGUUUCUUUUGUUGUUGUUGUUUUCAAAUUUAUUUUUCUACUUCAUCGCUGUGUAUUCGUGUGCUAUUUGUCCCGAGGAAGAGCUCUCCUGAGCCGGUGACGUCACACUCUGAAAAACACAAACCGGUGUGAUUGUUUUGUAAAUAAGAGUCAUUGGAUGACAGUUAUUUCAUGUAAGCACAUAUUUAGCUUCUGCAAUGCUUCCAACAAUUUAAAUGUCAUUAAUUCUCCAAUAGGAAUCACAUUUGCAAUCAUAUAGUGGGCAACGUGUAGUCUCUGGCGAUUAUAUCAUUUUCAUAUUUUAUCAUGUUUGUGUUUGGAUGGUAAUCGUUUCAGCUCCAACACAAAGGAGGAAAUAAGAGAUGGAGGUGGUGUCCUCCUGUGUCCUACAGGAAGAGUCCCACCGGUUCCCUUUACAAGGAGACAACAGAUCGUCCACAUGAUCUUCACACAAACGAGCACCACUUUUAGGAUGUUUUGUUGAAGCGCGAGUACAAUCAGUAAAAGCCAACGUUCUCUGAGGAA